AUGAGCAAGCUUUUCGAUACGCAGGCACUGGGAAAGCCCAGACGUCACGUUAGAAGCGCUACUGGAUACUUUCCCGAAACAGAUGCUACCGGAAAGGAAAAAUGGCCCAGAGGAGACGAAGAGACCUGGAAGGCUGGCCUUAGGAGCGUAGAUGCCGAUGUCAACGAUAUUACCAAGAGCAUCGUUCACCAUAUUCAGACCUCCUUGGCCCGUCAGGCAUACAAUAUCGACAACCUGGGUGCCUACCAAGCCACCGCUUUGGCAGCACGCGAAGAUCUCAUUAUCAACUGGAAUCAAACCCAGAUGACGUAUACCAGAAAGCAGCCUAAACGUGCUUACUAUCUCUCUCUGGAAUUCCUCAUGGGACGUACCUUGGACAAUGCACUCCUCAACCUGGGUCUGAAAGAAAAGUUCGAGACUGGUCUCGAUAAGUUGGGAUUCACUCUCGAGGACGUACUCGACUCGGAACGUGAUGCUGCUCUGGGCAAUGGUGGCCUUGGUCGCCUUGCCGCCUGCUACGUUGACUCGGGUGCCACAUGCGAGAUUCCAUUGUGGGGUUAUGGCCUGAGGUACCACUAUGGCAUGUUCCAGCAGCUCAUCGCUCCAGAUGGUAGCCAACUCGAGGCGCCUGAUCCGUGGUUGGAUAACUCGAACCCCUGGGAGAUUCCCCGCUUGGACGUGACCGCCGAUGUUCGCUUUGGAGGACACGCGGAAAAACUUGACAAGGGACGUGGAAUCUGGUCUGGUGGACAGGAAGUUCUCGCCGUCGCCUAUGAUUGCCCAAUUCCUGGCAGCGAUACCAAAUCGACCAACAAUAUUCGGUUCUGGAGCGCACGACCGAGGCGUGGAUUUGACCUUCAAAGUUUCAACGCUGGAGACUAUGACCGUGCAGUCGAAACGAGCAAUAGUGCAGCAAAUAUUACAAACGUCCUCUACCCGAAUGAUAACCAUUAUGCUGGCAAGAGCCUUCGCCUGCAACAGCAGUACUUUUGGUGUGCCGCCAGCCUGAGUGAUAUCAUGCGACGCUUCAAGAACACUGGACAACCUAUAUCCGAGUUCCCAAAUCACGUCGUUAUUCAAUUGAACGACACCCACCCAACUCUUGCGAUUCCCGAGCUCAUGAGAAUCCUCGUGGACGAGGAGGAGGUCCCAUGGGACGAUGCUUGGCAGAUUGUGACCCGCACGUUCGCAUUUACCAACCACACCGUGCUUCCCGAAGCAUUGGAAAAAUGGCCAGUAUCGCUCUUCCAGCAACUCCUACCCCGGCACUUGCAGAUCAUCUAUGAUCUCAACUGGACGUUCCUUCAAUCCGUUGAGCGCAAGUUCCCCGGUGAUGUCGACAAGAUGGCGAGAAUGUCCCUAAUUGAAGAGGGACACGGUCAGCAAAUCAGAAUGGCCAACCUCGCAGUUCUGGGCUCUUUCAAGGUCAAUGGUGUCGCCGAGCUGCAUUCGGAGCUUGUCCGCACUACGAUUCUCAAGGACUUUGUCGACUUUUUUGGUGUUGACAAAUUCCGUAAUGUGACCAAUGGUAUUACUCCUCGCCGCUGGCUCGAUCAAUGCAAUCCCGCGCUGAGCAACCUUAUCACGGAAACGCUCGGCUCUCGCGCAUGGCUCAAGGACUUGUACCUUCUCAAAGGUCUUCUCGAACACGAAUCCGACCCAACAUUCCAGAAAAAGUGGGCUGCGGCCAAAGCUAACAACAAGGAACGACUUGCGAAAUACAUUAAGAAUACUCUCGGCGUAACUGUGGAUUCUAAGGCAAUGUUUGAUAUCCAAGUCAAGCGAAUUCAUGAAUAUAAGCGACAGUCACUCAAUAUCCUGGGUGUUAUCCACCGGUACCUCACGAUCAAGGCUAUGUCACCGGAAGAACGUACCAAAGUCACACCUCGCGUCGUUCUCUUUGCGGGAAAGGCAGCACCCGGAUACUGGAUGGCCAAACUCAUCAUUCGUUUGAUCGUCAAUGUCGGCAAGGUCAUCAAUGCGGAUCCAGACGCGAAGGGAAUUUUGACCGUGCUCUUCCUUCCUGAUUACUCUGUCUCAUUGGCCGAACUUCUCAUCCCAGCUUCAGACAUCAGCGAGCAUAUUUCAACAGCGGGUACCGAGGCCUCUGGAACGUCCAAUAUGAAGUUCUGCCUGAACGGUGGACUUCUUCUAGGAACCGUUGACGGUGCGAACAUCGAGAUUGCUGAGGAGGUUGGCGAGGAGAACGUCUUCUUCUUUGGUCAUCUCACACCUGCCGUGGAGGAACUCCGUUACCAGCACCGUUAUCACCCUAUGCCGGUCGAGAAGAAGAGUCCCGCACUUGCUGCAGUUCUCGAAGACAUCAUGAGCGGACGAUACGGUGAUGCUAGCAUCUGGGAACCAUUUGUCAACACCAUUCGUCAAGGGGACUACUACCUGAUCAGUGACGACUUUGAUUCAUAUCUCCAGGCUCAAAAGAUGGUCGACGAGGCUUACACAAAGGAUCCACAGCAAUGGAUCAAAAAGUCAAUUCAGACCACAGCAAAGAUGGGCAAAUUCAGCUCAGACCGUGCAAUCAUGACUUAUGCCGAGGAAAUCUGGAAUAUCGAGACGUUGAAGAUCAAUUAG